GCCAGAUAUUGUGUGGUACGUGUCAGUGCUAGUGCUGUGCACAUCGAUAGCUGGAGUAGAAGCCGAUCUAGCUGUCACCAAGCGUAUGGUGGAGACUUCAGCAGGCAAUUCUGACUUCUUAGAAGUAAUUAAGUUAAAUUUAAGAAGAAACAACGAUGACUAUGCAGAACAAAUAAAACACAACAGUGUACAAACUGCUUCACCAUCGACACGUGGCUUCCCUGUGUAUGGAAAACAACAAGACAUUAAAUUUAUAAACAAAUUGUACGGAGCUAGAAAAGCUAAUAUUAUUUUAGAAGAUGAUAGUGGAAUACAGAGUCAGAGCCUCUUGGACAGAAGCGACAAAAAACCUAAUAAAGUAAAUCAUACAACUGAUAACGUAAUUGACACAUCUUAUACUCCUGAACAUAUCAGCAAACAAUUAAUCCAAACUACCAAAAAUAUUCUCUUAAGAAUUGGAGUCAAUAAGCAGCUGUCCCAACAAAACACGCGGCGAUCUUCCACAACCAGAGGUACUGUUCUAACAACUCAUGCGUCCCCAAUUAUUAAAAAGUUCUCCCAAACGAACAAAAACCGAAUGCAACAAUUCAAAGCGUUUAUAAAUAAAAAUAAAGAUCUUUUCAAAGAGUAUGUGAGCGAGAAAAAGAUUCCAAGAACGAAUGAUGACAGCAAGGAUAUGAGCUCGCUUAAAAUGGAAAUAGAGUCUGUUUUGGCCGGCAACACGAAGACGGCGAAAGAGGGAGACGUUAACGAGACGGUUACUUACAGGACGGACGCGUUGGACAUGGUGAACGCUAAGGGAGGACACAUUCACGCCAUGAGGCUACGGAACCGUCUGUGCCACCGCCACGUGCUCAUCCCGGAGGGACCCAAGUAUGACAGCAAGGGAGAGAUCUACCUCGCGGCGCACGCGGGUCGUCGCUCCUACAACGUGACGCGCCGCCCGCGCCUGUUGCUGCCUCGCUGCUGCAACUGCUGCAAGAAGUCUGUGCUGGGGUGCAUGUAGUACCCCUGGACACUUCGAUUGUAAAGAACAUAUCUUCUAGGCAUGCGGUUAAAUAAAGAUUUAAUGAAUUCAAAAAAAAAAAAAAACUAAAAUAGAGAAAUACUUUUAAAUAUCGAGAAUUCGUUGCAUAGCUUAUUUUUUAUUAUAAAGCCUCUUUUUUGUAAUAAUAAAUUAUUUAUAUUUAAGAAUUCAGAAUAUCAUCAAAAGUGGGAUCCUAGUUCAUCCCUACUUAUAGUAAACACGCUCUAUUUCAGCUCAGACGCGCGUGUGUCGACUAUCCUUGAUCUUUGAAGGGUUGUUAGAGCACAGUAAUGAAAAAUUGUAUUGUCAUCACAGACGAGUAAAAUACGAAGGACUCCGUGUCACCUUACAUAACAGUGAGGCACCAAGCCGGUAAACGUGUAAUACAAGCCGAUCGGCAGCCAUUACGAGAUUUGCCAUCGUCUGUGACAUAUCAGUUUGCGUCGCAAUAAAAUAUUUAAAAAAUGCCGUCGUGCGUUGUGAUAAAGUCUAAAAACAAUACUAUAAAAGUAUUUGUGGAUAUAUGAUUAUUUAAGGGAGAAAAAAUUGUGUACCUGGUAUACCCCGUAACCGCACACACACUAGCAUAAAGGUUUCACUUGCUAAUAUCACGGCGCGGAGUCCUCCUUUUUUUACUAGUUCGUGAUUGUCAUGAAAUAUUGUUAAAUUAUUAUUAUUACUUCAAAUUAAAAUUGAUGAAACAUC